GCGGUGUUUCCGGCAGACGUAGGUUACAAAAAAGGUGCGGGGUGUCGGGGACAACAGACAGAGGGGAACGGUCCUUUGAGGGAGAUGUGAGAGCGGAGACCUGCUCAGGAAAGCAUGAGAGAGCAGAGGGAUCAGAGCAUGGUGGAAGAUCUCUCUGGGUUGGACGAUGGAAGGACUGGGAAAGGAGAGAUCCGUGUGCCGCGCCGGUGACUUCCCAUGGCUCAGUCAACACCCCGAACCGGAGGCCUCGACCCUGCUAUGGAGACUCAAGGACUGCUUCACCGCCGCAGAGACCACCGCCGAUAAACAAAACAACUACAUGGAGAGCAGAAAGGCCGUGCUUGAACUGAAAGAUGUUCCCCCUCCUCCUCCACACCGUGCUUCCUCCUCCCAAUCAUCGCAGCCCUUCUCUCUUGCCCCUUUCCCUUUGCCUCAUCCCUGCUUGCCUCCGCAACCUCAGCUCACGCAAGGCUCCCACCAACAACAGCAGCCACAGAAUCAACAAGAGGGGGCUAGCCCCAAAGUAAGCAUUUGCACUCACUGUGACUAUUGCAGCACAGGUGGCAAGGGGUUAUCAGGUGGUGGAGAUUUUGUUGGUAACAGUAGCAGCACUGCUGGAGUUGUCUCGCUCUAUAUUGCCCCACGGUCUCUAGGAACAUCCAUCAGCCAGAGCAGUAUUAGCACAUCUGGGCCUUGCUCUGUAGCUUCAUCUGUGUAUCAGUAUAGCUCAGGUUAUAGCUGUGGAAGUGGAGGAGACCCUCUUGGUUCCAAACCUCAGCUGCGCUCUUCUGUCGCUACCUCUCAGCCUGUUUCAUCACACCCCUUCCUCCCCUGUUGCUCAGGGCUUCUCCGCACCUACCCAGCUGGACCUCUUCCAUGCAGUCAACCCAGCCUAUUUCCCUCCUCAGCUCCUCUAGCUUCAUCUCUUCCCUCUCUUCCCUCCGUUUCCUCCGUUUCCUCUCUACCCGCUCCAUUGCACGGCUCUUGCCUGGCGCCUUCUGGCUACUACACCUGUGGUGUGGACUGCAGCCCAUCAGCCAGAAGAUCCCAGAGAAGCACACUCGGUGACCAUUCGACACCUACCACCUUCACUACUACCACCACCUCAGCACACUUCUGCUCUAAUCCUAUGCACCUAAAUGUAGAACGCACGGUUUGUGUGAAGGGGGCGCACUACUGUCGGGAGUGCUUCUUGAAGCCACUGAAUGGUCUGGCAUCAGAUUCAGACAAGGCUUGGCCAAAUAUUCCUGUGCCCCAGACUGCUCCUGUCCCAAUCCCAAUUUGCAAUGGCUGUGGCACCUCCUCUGAUGGCAUGAUGCACAUGCCAUCGACCGGCCUCAGCAAGAUUGGCCAGAAGUAUGGGUCGCCAGAGAACGGUGGUCCCGAGAACAUCCCUCCAGUGGGGGUCUUCUGGGACAUUGAGAACUGCAGUGUUCCCAGUGGUCGCUCUGCUGGAGCCGUGGUCCAGCGUAUUCGCAGUCGUUUCUUCCAGGGUCACCGUGAGGCCGAAUUCAUUUGCGUCUGUGAUAUCAGCAAGGAGAGUAAAGCCGUCAUCCAAGAGCUCAACAACUGCCAGGUCACUGUUGCACAUAUCAACGCAACAGCCAAGAAUGCAGCGGAUGACAAACUUCGCCAGAGCCUACGACGCUUUGCUGAGACCCACACUGCACCUGCGACUGUUGUACUAGUAUCCUCGGAUGUGAACUUUGCAAGCGAGUUGAGUGACCUGCGCCAUCGUCACGGUUUCCAGGUUAUUCUGGUCCAUGGCAACCAUACGUCUUCAGCUCUUCUGCAGCACGCCCACCGCCAAGUGGCCUUUCAGGAGAUCACAGCUGACUUGCCACCGCGAAUGCUUGUCAAAGCACAGACAGGCACGCUGUCUCUUCCUCCCCUCCUUCAGCCGAGUUUCAACCUCCUCUAUGUGCACAACCUCCCUGUCAUCGUUGACAAGAGCCUGCGGAAUGCUGUGAAGCUCAGGCUCCGCCGCCUGUCUGACAACUGUGGCGGCAAGGUGCUGGGCAUGUCCCAGGGCACAGCCAUACUCCGUUUUGGCAAUCCUGAGGCUGCUGCACGUGCCCGCAAGCGCAUGGAAAAUGAGGAUGUGUUUGGCCACCGAAUCAGCCUCUCCUUCUCCCCGCGGCCCAGAGAUGACGCAAGUCCUGAGCCUGAGCUUCAGUCUCAGCCCCAUCACUUGCCUCGGGCUCCGCCCCAGCCCUAUCAAAUCCAGGAUUCAAUGUCCGCCCCGCCCCCAUCCAUUUCCUCCUUCUCAUUUCUGCCCCUGGAGAAGCCCAGGUCACCCAGGAGGCCACGGCGAGCAACCCGCCCAUGCCUCACCCCUGGCCCAGUGCCUGAAAGGCCCUACAGCCCCAGGAGGGUGUGCAGUGGGCCUCCCGGUGGUGCUCCAGCCAAGCCCCAUCAGGAGCUGGGUAAUUUGGAGGGCAAGUCCAGAAUGGGCUUUCACCAACUGGAAAAGGGCCGAGCUGCUUCCUCUUCCCCCCAUAGCAAUGGAGAGACAGGGAUCCUGGAGCAGCUGUCCAAACCCGGCCUCGCUGGAGAAUCCAUGUACAGGAGGAGAAGAGAGGGCUUCAAUCCUCGCAGCGUGACCGUCUCCCCUGUGGAACAAGGGGACAAGAGCUCUGGUGAAUUCCAGAUCAGCACACCCUCAGCCUUCAGCAAGCUGAACCUGCACAGGAGCUUCAGUCCUCUUGUCCUCUCCCAGGGCUCCUGGUCCUCCAGGAGUGCGUCCCCCUGCAUCUCCAGCCGCUCCUCGCCAGUUCUUGCUGCCCCUCGCAGCCCAUGUCUCGAAGGUCCUACCGAACCGUUUUCAGAGGGGGCGGAGGUCCAGGUGGGCAACCUGGACUACAGAAUGUCCCGCAAGGACCUGCAGCAGACACUGCACGACACCUUCUCCCGAUAUGGGCGGGUGAAAGCUGUGGAGCUGAGCCCUCACACUGACUAUCAGCUGAAGGCCACGGUUCAGAUGUUGUCCCUGCAGCAGGCCAUCAGCGCCGUCAGUGGCCUGCACCGCUACAAGAUUGGAGGCAAGCGCAUGCAGGUGUCUCUGAUCACCGGUGGCAGCAGCAAAUCCCUUGCUAUGCUCAGCUCAGAGAUCAUCUGCAUUCUUCAGGAUGCACCUGCCAGUUGUCUUCCCCUCUUCAAGUUCACCGAGAUCUAUGAGAAAAAAUAUUCCCGUAAGCUAGCAGUUGGGGAUCUGUACAGACUGCCAGAGGUGGUGACGGUACGGGAACAAGGCGGCUCGAGGCUCGUGUGCCUUCUGCCCAGCAGCCAAAUCCGUCAGAGUCCACUGGGAUCUUCCCAGUCCCAGGAGGGCUCGUCUUCUGCUAGUGGAAGCCCUGUGGUGUUCGAGGAGCUCGAGUACCAUGAACCUGUGUGCAGACAACACUACGCACAGCAGGACUUCAGCGAGGCUGACUUUGACCCCGACUCCUAUAAAAUCCCAUUUGUUGUGAUGUCUCUGAGCACCUUAGCCACUGAGGUCCACAGUCUGCUGCAGUCACAUGAAGGCACCCUCCCACUGCUCAGUUUUCCAGAGUGCUAUGCAGCUAAAUUUUGCCCACUACAACUGGGCAGUGAGACAAUGGAGGGUGGCGUUUCCCUGGAACACCUCAUCACCUGUGUUCCCAGCAUCACAAUCGUCACCGCUCAGAACGGCUUUAAAGUCAUCAAGUGGAUCCACAACAAACCACCAGCACCAAACUCUGAGCCUUGGAUUCAGCGCUGCAAAAGUCCAGUGGGCAACCCUCAGCUCAUUCAGUUCAGCCGAGAGAUUAUUGACCUCUUGAAGAGUCAGCCUUCUUGCAUCAUGCCCAUCAGCAAGUUCAUACCCUCAUACCACCAUCACUUCGCCAAGCAGUGCCGCGUCUCUGACUAUGGCUACUCCAAACUGCUGGAGCUGCUGGAGGCUGUACCACACGUUCUGCAGAUCUUAGGCAUGGGUACCAAACGUUUACUGACCCUCACCCAUCGUGCUCAAGUGAAACGCUUCACCCAAGACCUGCUCAAACUGCUCAAGUUUCAAGCCAGCAAACAAGUGUCAAUCAAGGACUUCAUGCAGGCAUACCAUUGGUGCUUUUCCAGAGACUGGAGGGUUAUUGACUAUGGCAUAUGUGACCUGAUGGACCUGCUGACUGAGAUCCCUGAAACCACCAUCACCAUCACACAACAGGCCACGGACACAGUUAUAUCUGUUCCCAAAAGAGAACGCACCAUGGAGGAGAUGGAGCGCACCAAGCAGUUUGCUAAGGAGGUGGUGGACCUGCUCCGUCACCAGCCUCACUGCAGAAUGCCCUUCAGUAAGUUCAUCCCCACCUAUCACCAUCACUUCGGUCGCCAGUGCAAGCUCAGCUACUACGGCUUCACCAAGCUCAUGGAACUCUUUGAGGCAAUCCCCGACGUGCUGAUGGUGUUGGAGUGCGGUGAGGAGAAGGUGUUGACGCUGACAGAGGUGGAACGCAUCAAGGCCCUGGCGGCUCAGCUGGUAAAGCUGCUGCGGGCUCAGAGAAACGCCAGCCUCCCCGUCGGCCUGCUGCUCACCGAGUACAGCAAGACCUUUGGUUACGGCCUACGCCUGCAGGACUACGAUGCAAGCUCCCUGCCCGCUCUGCUGACCAAACUCUGCCAUGUUGUCAAGGUGGUGGAUGGCUCGGAGGGUCGGGAAGUGCAGUUGAUCAACAGGAAGUCUCUGCGCUCGCUGACAUCCCAGCUCCUGGCUCUGCUCAUGUCCCAGGAAGAGGAGCAGGUCACCAAGGGCCUGAAGGUGGAGGAGCUGAGCCAGCGUUACCUGACCGCCCACGAAGUCGCGCUCAACCCAUGUGAAUAUGGGUUCCUCUCCCUCAGCGAGUUACUCAAGAGUUUGCCCUACCUCGUGGAGCUAUACCAUGAGGAAAUUGAUGAAAACAGCAAGGCUGUGAACACUGCCACUGGUGAGGAGUGGGUGAGGUUGACCAGGCUUUACCAGUUUGCCCGCAACAUCCGUGCCCUGCUCCACACGUACCACUACAACCAGAUCUUUCUGACCGAGUUCCAGGGAGCUUACAACAAAUUUACAGGCUGCAGCCUUGAGCCACGUCGCUAUGGAUACGCCAGCAAUGAUGAGCUGCUCAGCGCCAUUCCACAGGUGGUCUGGAUCAAAGGGCACAGUCACAAGAGGAUUAUCGUUUUGAAGAACGAUAUGAAAGCGAGGACAGGCUCUUCAGUCCCCAGCAGCCCCCAGCCAGGAGGAAACACAGGACGCCUGAGAGACGACCCCGUGAGCAGCACAAAUUCUCGAGCCCAGAGUCCAGACGUUGAUGUAGCUGCCGAGUCAGAGCUGCUGUGUCUGACCUCCCCGGUGGACCUGCUGUGUGGCCCUGUACCGUCCUGCUUACCAUCACCUCAGCUUCACCCCGACCCCGUUCUCCUCCAGCAGGCCGACCUGAUUCACUUUGAGUGGAAAACUUCACCACCAACAGAGGUCGAUGAAUUUGAGGUGGCUGCUGCUGCAGCAGUCGUUGGCGGCACAGCUGAUCCGCUGGAGGAGCCUGGCAGUGUGGACGAGUCUGCCGUCACCAAACCGCCAAGCAUGAUGAAGACCCCCUUGUGUGACAGUCCCAGCAGAAGAGCUGCACGCAGCCGAAUCAAGCUAGCUGCCAACUUCUCCUUCACAGCAGGCCUCUGAUCCUGUGACGCGCACACCUCUAGUCCCCAUACACACGAAGCAAUACUAGUUCACACAUAGUGUAACUCUAAAUAGAAGAGUUGACCGGCUACACUAAACACACUGCACAGAAAAGAACCCAGGAGAGCGGGGGUUUUAUUAUCCCCCUCUACAUCCAGACAGCUCUCGUCUUCAUCACUCGUCCGCCACCGUUCCUCGUUUAUUUUGUUUCACAAUCAGUGUGUUCUUCCAGUGUCGAUCACCGAGCUGUGAGUUUUUCCUUUUUGCAGUUUUUCUGCAAUCCUUUAAUUUGCCAAAUUCAUCUACUGUAAACGGUGUUUGUUUUCAUCCUAAGGGAAGUUGAUGUACAAUUCCACGAAUGUGCAUCCUCUGCAUAGAGCCAUGUUGUGUCGGAACACACAAUGAAUGAAACUGAGUUAGUUGUCACUGUUGAGAGUAUCCGUUAACAAUGGGAGAACUGCUACGGAUGAAUAUAACCAUGUUUUCUCAAUGAAAUCCCCCAAAAUUUAGUUACACACAUUCUCACUCCUUUCAAGGGAAUAGACAACUGGAGGUUUGUAGAGAUGUUUUGUUUCACCAGUCACAUUGAGAAACCUUCAUUAUGCUUCCUCGCUGUAUACCCCCACCCCCCUAACAGAAAAUUUCAUUUAUGAACUAAUUUCCAAUUUUGGAGAUUUUAAUUUGUAGGCCACCCCAGACAUGUCAAUCAAACUGGCUGCUAAAGCCGCUACCCGUCUCAUUCUUUUAGUCUCCUCUCUGCCGACUGCUCAGGAGGCUGCUUCUCUUUGAGGUGUAUUCUCAUCUGUUGUCUCUGUCGUCAAGCAGCCUACUGACUGUGUUUUUCAGUUUCUUUUAUAGAAUGCAGAGUAUUUGGGAGACUAUUUGGUUAGUUUGGCCUAAAUGUGUGGUGUAUUUGGCAACAUUCCAAUGAUGGAACUGAAGAGAAACUGUUCAGAUGGCGGCCUCAUUCAAAUGGAAGCGAAACGGUCUUUGAACAGUUUGUCUCAAAUGGUUUUGACCAAUAUUGUGAGAAUCACUUCUGUCAGGAUUAUUUUCUUGUAGUAUCUCGACUUCAUUUGUAGCAAAGAUUUUGGCACGUCUCUCCGAGGCCACUGACGAAGGCCUAAAAAGAAAAGAGGAGGCUCUUUAUUAUACCAGCCAGGUUUGUGCUAAGGCAGCAGGAGCCGACACAUACUGUCUUCAGACAGCAGCCAGUGUGUUUGUGUUCUCUGAGCUCUGUUUUUGUCUGCGUGUGGUUUACACUGGAGUCAGGUGGCGUGAAAUGUGCAUGUUGUGCAUAAAUUAAUUUAUGCAUGGUGUAAGCCCAAGGAGGAGCAGACAGGAGCACACGACAUGACUUAAUUUAAGAUCGGUCUUUUUAUUUCCAUCGUGUUUUAAGGAUCUUAAGAGUUGGCGUCACCCUUUGCAGUUACACGGAAAGCGCUCGCGUUUUUUUUUCUUUCUUCUUUUUUGCCAACCUUGUUGCUGGCAGGCAGCGAUAUCAGUGGUGCUGUCCACACCGUCUGAGUUGGAAGGGAGCGGUGAGCGCUCCGGAGUUUUUGAUUUUUAAUGACGGGUUGAACGGUGGUGAGGUUUGAGGGAAGGGAGACGGGAGAGUGAGGCGACGGGCUGUUUGUGGAGCCUCCUGAACGGACUGUGACGUACACACAGAGGACCCUCUGCGGCUCUCUGGAAUCUGCCGGGCUUUUACAAUGGCUUGUAUUUGCCACGGUGCCAAAGGAAUCACCAUCGCGACCCCCCCACCCCCCCGUCCCAAUAGAGGAGUUUUUACUUAUUGAUGUGUGUUGGUUUCCUCAGUUUCCCCUCUGUCUCAAGUGUUUACAAGACUGCUGGCUGCUGAAGUGCUACCAACCAAUGACGGCCGUCCGUGACGCUUAGCGUGACCCAGGCGUCGCUGUUGAAAGAAUGGGCAGAAGCCCAUUCGCUCCGUUUUCUGCGCAGUUUCAAGUGUUUAGCAGUGUCCUCCCAUGAGUUGUCUUUGUCGGACUUGAUUUUUGACUCGGUGUGCAAAACAUUAAUGCCGAGAGACUCCACCUGCCAACUCACCAAAAUCUCUGAAGCACUUUUUUAAAUAGGCCCGUUCUGGCUCGUCUCUCCUCCGACGUUCUACUCAACUGUCUGGAAAACCCCUUUGACGAAGGUACAAGCAAUUCAGAAUCACUGUUUUAAAAUUGCUCGUGAUGGAAAAAUGGCAUGAAAUGCUCAUACGAAAUAACUAGAUUUAAAUUUGAAAGAACGACCAUUCGUUUUUUUUUUCCUGUAUUCGGGGGAAUCCUAGCUCUCCCCGGAGAACUGCAGUGGCAACUAACUGAGAUUUAUAUUUUAACUUCCCCUCCUGUCGCUUGAUUAGAUCAGUGAGAAGCUACUUUACCUGUCAAAAUAUGCAUUUAUGCAUAGUUUUGGUUCAUGAAAUACACAUGAGAUUAUUUUUUUUGGGGGGGGGGGGUGAUUUUGGCCUCUUUGUUAAUUCAUUGGCUAUAACUGUGUGCCACUCCACUUUGACAUGACGGUUCUCCAGUCUUGCUGUUUUAAGACUGAUUCUUUCUUAAGUCAUCACUGCGGUGUCCUUAAAACUCCUGCCUUGUGAUUACUUUUUGUUUACAGUUGUCUCCCCCACACUUUUUAUUGGCUCACCACACCACAAGUCGCUGUAACAGUCCAACAACAACGACGGAGGGACCAAAACGAUUUAUGUUAAUAAAUUUCACAAGCAUCA